AUGGCAGCAGAGGAUUCCAUCAUUGAGCCGGAUGUAAUUGAACCAGAUACAACAACUAAUCAUGGUAGCACUGGACCAAGUCCAUCGUCUAUUGCUAAUGCUAACGGCACUGCAAAUCCUUUUGCCUCUCCAUCUGAUCCCAUAAAGAGAGGGACUCUAGAUGAAUCAGUAUUAACGACAUUGAAGAGAGAUGUAUCUGAGAUAAAUUCAAGGUUAAAGCAAGUGGUUUACCCACAUUUCCCUACGAGAACUUUAUUACCAACCUCUGAACCGGGCAAUUCCAUUGAAAGUAAUGUUGAUAUAUCAGGUCAUAGUGAUCUUUGGGCACCAUUGACUUUUAUUAUACUUUAUUCUCUUUGUGUAUCACAUGCAAAGUCCUUAUUCUCAAGUAUUUUCGUCUCAUGUUGGUUCAUAUUAUUGGUGAUGGCUUUACAUUUAAGAUUAACAAAACCGUAUGAUAAUAUAUCGUUAAUUUCAUACAUUUCGUUAUCAGGGUACUGUCUUUUCCCGCAAGUGAUCAAUGCGUUUCUUUCACAAGUCAUCUUGCCUCUAUUUUUGAAAGCCAAUUAUAAUACAUGGAUAAUUAGAGUAUUGACCAUUCUGAAACUUUUAUUUUUGGCAGUAUGUCUGAAAUGGUCUGUUACAGCUAUUACGUUGGUUACUAAAUGUAAGGAUGCUGUUCAAAUAUUCCCUCUAGGACUAUGUUUUCUAGGAUUUGGAUGGUUAUCUACAAUGCUAUAG